AUGCUAGAACCUCUAGAGCUUCGAUCGUAUCCAUCCUGCGACAACUGUCUGUCGUGGUCAGCAGAUGGCGAAAUUGCUGUUGCCAGUGGGGAAAUUGUCUAUGUCCUGUCCCCCAAGCCAAAUAGAGAAGAGAAGCAGCAGGAUCAGGCCGCUCAAAGGUCAAGUGGUGCGCAAUGGGACAUAUCCAAACUCAAAACCAAUGCUUUCACACUGGAUGAGCUGCCUCUUCUGCUCCCGGAGCCUGGUGCCACCUUUUCUAUCGGCGAGGAGCAAUCUAUGAGCCCUGCGAUCGCUGUAGCCUGGUCCGCUCCCCGUCUGGCUGCAUAUGGAAAAUGCAUGCUAGCUGUAUUAACUAGUAACCUAGCCUUAUCUCUCUGGCAGGCGGUGGACGGUGCUUCCAAAUGGAACAGAGCACUUGUUGUUAACCACGCGCUCAGGAAGUAUUUCAAGACCCUCACGGGUGAUAAUGGCCCUCUGUUACGGAGAAAACAAAGGAUUAGGGCGUUUUCCUGGAAUUAUUUCGCCCUGAAUAAGUUCAACGAUCCAGACUCUUGCCAUAAUAGUGGCAUAAAUUUCCUCGUCGUCAGCAAUGAUACCAAUGACAUAGUGAUUCUUAGGGUUACUGCACCCUCAUAUGGACAGAGUGCCAGUGCAGUUGUUCUUACUCAUUACUCUGCAUCUUCUGAAGGCAUCUGCCUUUCUCGGUCUAUAGAACAAGGCUCUAUGUUCUCAGGAUACACGGCAAAAAGGGCUACAAUAACACGUGUUUCCUCAAGCACUUGGCUGAAUAAACCAAUGCUAGGUGACCAUGGAGCUGCAGAUUUACGUAUCUGGUCCUCUCUAAUUGCCUUUAUGUUUGGAUCUGAGUUGGCUAUUCUACGCCUGGAUCUUGACACUAUUUCCAUGAACACUGAGAUUACGAUCAAACGAAUUGAGCUGCUUAACCUGGAGUGGACCCUUGACUAUACAACGACCGACCGUGAUAUAAAGGGUCCAUUACACUGGAUAGAAACUGCAGAGACCAGCCACAAUCUUGGGUUAGCAGCUGGUAUAAUAUGUGGAUUUGUUAUUUUGACAAUUCCCAAGAAUAUAUGGUCGGAAAGUAUUCUUAGGGUAGACAUUCACGAAGAAAAAUUCGACGCUUCACUUGCAAAAUGGCAUCCGAUUUCAGGCUUUACUUCUCGAGUGGGGGAUACAAGUAAUAGCAGUGACCUCUAUAUCUUGACAUUAUCCUCCUUGCAUCAACUUGAGUUUCCCAGCAUGAGAAGCAAGAAACAACCAUUAUCAAAUGGCAACGAAUUUUCACAAGACGAUUAUCUGAGAAGAAACGUUGAAGGUUGCAGGGAUCGAUUCGAUCUAGAUUAUGACUUAGGUGGUAUGUCAACAGCGAAGACUUGGGGCCUAUGCAGCCAUCGUGGAUGGAUAGCCACCUGCGCGACCUUUCAUCCUACGGAUAUGGUACAGCACACUACUUCUUCUCAGGAAAGGACAACAAUAUUCUUUGCCCCUCCAAGCCUAGAAAGAUCCGACCACACCGAACCAGGACUACCAUGGCAUAUGCCGGCCAUUACACCUACCAGCAUACAGCACUCCGCAGGCAAGGUUAUAGCUUUCACUUUGGCGAAUAAGCAGCCACAAUCUCCGGACGACCUAUGGUUGCGAAAGCUACUAUAUGCGGCUGCUUGCUCUACGGUAUUUCAUUCGGCCUUGGAAUCAUCUUCUCUUGCAAAGGAAGUACUACAAGAUUUAGCCCGCGAGUCUAGCAUAGACCUAGGUUUAGAAAUAUCCAUGCUAGAGGAUCUCGCAGAAGGAUCGGACAAACUGAAAGCUGUUACAAUACCACCGAAAUCAACAGAGCAACUCGAAAGCAACGGAGCAGGCGUAUACGAACAGUGCGAUAUCUGUGGCGGCGGGAUUGAAUGGUUUUCUCCAGUAGAGUCACAAUGUGUGGGAGGUCACUUAUUUGCUCGGUGUGCGUUGACAUUCUUGUCCAUCCAGAACCCAUCCAUUUCAAAGAGAUGCUGUAGAUGUGGAAGGGAGUGCCUGGAUAACACUAGUGAAGCGAUGGGUAUCGAAGGUACCAAAGGGCUACUGGCAAAACUCCUUGAACGGUUUGAUGAAUGCCCUUACUGUGGAGGCAAGUUUAAGGCAUAA